ACCAAAAAACGCGCACCUUUUAAACACCCCAACCGAAACCUCCAAAAGCCAUCGCCAUUUCCUUUCCUCCCAACGCCGCUUCCUUGUCUCCCUCGCACGCUCACCAGCGCCUCCUAUGCUCGCCGGCGUCGGCCGGCGAUGCCAACCACCAGCCCGCUGAAGCGCCCCUCCGCCGGCGGCCGCCUGCGCCGCCUCCUCGCCUCCCUCCGCCCGCGGGCCCGCGCGGGGCCGCUCCCCGUCCAGACCGGCUUCCCGACCUCCCUCGCCGACCUCGUCGUCAAGAACCAUGGCCGCCUCAAGAAGCCCCGGAGGCGCCACCGCGCAGCCCCCGCCCCCGCACCACCGGUGCUCGCCUCCGCCGAGCCGGCGCCCAAGCAAACGCACGAGCUUUCGGUGCCUCAGGCCGCGGCCGUGCCGGCACCGGCACGCCCCAAAGGCGCGGGCUUUACCAUCCGGCCGGAGCUCCUGGCGGUGGCGCUCGCGCUGCUGGUGAUCUGGAGCAAGCAGCUUGUGGCCGCGGCCACGCUCGCGUCGGUGGCGCUGUUCUGGAUCGAGGCCGUCAGGUCCCCCGCCUCCCGCCGGCGGCUGUGGCCGGAUUCGCGCGGCCGCGGCCUCGUCUCGCCGAUUCGGGAGGCGGAGUCGCCCAGGCCGAGCUGCGCCGCGUCGGACACGGGGAGCGAGGUCUCCUCCCUCUGCGCCGCCGACACGACCGGCCUCGCCGGCAACGAUUCGGACUCCACCAGCCCGAACAGGGGGAAGGAGAAGAGGAGAUCGCUGCGGAAGCUGCUCGCCAAGAAGCUGCAGAACGGCAAGAGACCCAAGGAGGGCAAGGACUCCCGCACUUGCGCCGGCGAGGUCAGCGCCCGCGAGCCCGCUGUAGUAGCUGCUGCCCUCGCCGAGGAGACGGCGCCACCGCGGGAAGCGGUCACCGACGAGGGGUGCCACCGUCGACGAGCGGCUGCAUUGCCGAUGGCCGCGUUCGUGCCAGUCAUCCUUGCCGGGCUCGUGGCCGGGAAGGUCCCGGCGGUGGCGCUCACCGUGCUGUGCGCCGUGUUCUUCACCUCGGUGGAGAGAGCACCGGACGCUGCAGCUCAGGCAAGUGGCCAUGGGAGUGAUCGGAGGUAGCAGCAGCGUCCGGUCCGGAGUUCAGCCAGAUUCCCACAAAACCGAGGGAACCUUGCAGAUUUUUUUCAUUUAGUUUGCUGUUUGGUUGUAAAUUAGCGCCACGAGAAGACACAAACAAGCAAGUGUACACAAAUUCCUGGUUUCUUUUUGCCUGAACAUUUGUAAUUGCAUUCCUUCUUGAAUCCGAAUAAUAAGAAGUGAAAUGACAAGAGAAAA